GUUUUAUCUGAAAAGAAAAUUCGUUAGGGUUAUGUUUCUAGCGACAUCUUUAAAAAAUUGUUCAAUACAAAAGUCAAUGCCACUUGCUAGGCUUUGUGGUUAACAGCGUGUAUAACCUAAUCGAGAAUGGAGGUAAAAGAUAAUUUUCACAUUUACGUUGGAUGUAAAUCUGGAGCUUUCAAAGGCAUAAGAAUUGAGCCAGAGAAAAAUGUGACGCGGAACAUUCAGAACUUGGUAUUCAUAAAGGAUAACGAUGAAGUUACAGCAAUGUCAUGGGGCGAUGAUGAGGAAAAAGAAGUUUUAAUUGCAUGUGGAACCAAAGAGAUUGGAAGUAUAAAAGUUUACGACACGGACUAUACAACAUUUACAUGUUCCUUUACUUGUGAUGCUGGAAGAGGAAGAGUUAAUGGUAUAUCACGAUACGACGAAGGGAUUCUGACUGCUGUUGAAUCUGGAGAAGUUAAAUUGUACAAGUAUAACGAAAAGGAGGAAAUCCUUGUAAAUGCUGGAGCAAAUUUACGUAAAAUGCGUCACUCGAAAAUAAAUAAAAAGAUAAUAGCUACUGGAGGUUUUGAACAUUAUCUAAAGCUGUUCGAUUUAGAAAAACAGAAACAAGUAUUCCAAGCAAAAAAUGUACCUCCCGAUUGGUUACAGUUAAGGGUUCCUGUUUGGAUUUCCGAUAUGGACUUUAUUCCUACAACAGAAAACAUUGUUACUGUUGGUAGAUAUGGACAUGUAUCCGUGUAUGAUCCAAAAACACAAAGGAGGCCUGUUAUACAAUUACAAUUAAAAGACGAAGCAAUAACAACAUUAAGUACAAUGCCGAGAGAAAAGCAAAUCAUAAUAGGGACUGGAAAAGGUAAAAUGAAACUUGUAGAUUUAAGGAAACCAUCUAAAGUAUUAAACACGUACAAAGGAUUUCUUGGUAGUGUAACCGGAAUAGCCUGUAGCACAAGCGAGCCUUAUGUUGUUAGCGUUAGUUUGGAUCGAUAUUUACGGAUACAUCACAUUGAUACGAAACAAUUACUGAGAAAGGUAUAUUUAACAUCUAGGAUAUCUUCCAUCUUGUUACAUUCAGGAUUUUCAUUACCGAAAGAAAACAAUGUUAAUGAAGAUUCACGAAAAAAUACCAACGGUGUGGAUGAAUAUUUAAAAGAAGAACAUGACAACGUGCCAAGAGACCAAAAUUCUGACACAGAUUAUGAUAUUUUAUUUGAUAAAAUGCAAGUUGUUGGUGAUAAGAAACAUAAAGCAAUGACUGAAAGGAAACGUACAAAUUCGAGAAACGAUUUAACAAUAGAUAAUGAGAUUAUAUUCCAUAAAUCUCCGUUAAACAAGAAUGAGAAACUACCAAAAAGUUCCAAGAAACAGAAAACCUCGAAUCUAAUUUAGCUGUAAAUAAAAUGAGACGAAGUAUCAUGUUCUGUGUAUGUACAUAAGUAAUAUUAUUUGUAAAUUAUAAAUAAAAUUGCAACACAUUUUUAUGAUACUA